AUGGAGAAAGAAACCAUCGGCCAGGUUGGCACCGACCAACGCUCUAGCAACGAUGAAAGUAGCGCCGAGAAAGGAUAUGUCGAAGAAGUCGACCUUCAUAACAAUGUAUCUGCCAAAAUCAAGAACCCAUUGGCCGACUUGACUAAAGCCCAAGUCCUACGUGACGUCGAGCAGUUUGCCCAGGAGUUCAACGUAGCAGACAUUCUACCGGAACUUCAGAAGGGAGCAUUGGUAGCUCGUUCGCCAACCGAGUUUGAAUCAGUGCCAGACUUGACCGAGACCGAGCUGACUGCACUGCGAGACGAAACCCUUCACAAGUGGCGCCAGCCCAGAGCCCUGUAUUUCACUAUCAUUCUAUGCUCUGUUGGUGCAGCAGUGCAAGGAUGGGAUCAGACAGGCUCCAACGGCGCAAACCUGUCAUUCCCCGAUGCAUUUGGCAUCCCCGAAACAGACAACCCUAACGCCUAUCGAAACCAAUGGAUUGUCGGCGUAGUCAAUGCUGCUCCAUACAUUGCCAGUGCCGUCCUCGGCUGCUGGCUCUCCGAUCCCUUCAACCGUAUUCUUGGCCGCCGUGGAACAAUCUUUAUCUCGUCUAUCUUUUGUGUCCUCGCACCUAUUGGCUCAGCAGUGACUCAAACCUGGGAACAACUCUUUGCAACACGUUUGCUUCUUGGUCUUGGAAUGGGAUUGAAAGCGUCAACCAUCCCGAUCUUUUGUGCCGAGAAUACACCGGCUGUUAUCCGCGGUGGACUAGUGAUGUCCUGGCAACUUUGGACAGCAUUUGGUAUCUUCCUCGGAUUCAGCGCAAACCUUGCAGUCAAGGAUACAGGUGCUAUCUCAUGGCGUCUGCAGCUUGGCUCGGCCUUUAUCCCCGCUAUCCCUCUCCUCAUUGGUGUUUUCUUCUGCCCCGAGUCACCUCGUUGGUAUAUUCGACGCGGCGAGAUGGACAAGGCGUACCGAUCUCUCUGUCGCCUUCGUAACACACCUCUCCAGGCUGCUCGUGAUCUUUACUAUAUCCAUGCCCAGAUCAAGAUUGAGAUGGGUCUGAUUGGCGACAGCAACUAUGUUAAGCGCUUCGUUGAGCUGUUCACUAUUCCUCGCGUUCGCCGUGCCACUCUUGCUUCUUUUACUGUUAUGAUCGCCCAGCAGAUGUGUGGCAUCAACAUUGUGGCCUUUUACUCGUCCACUGUCUUCUCCAAUGCCGGUGCCAAUGAUACACAAGCCCUCUUUGCUUCCUGGGGCUUCGGCUUGGUCAACUUCUUGUUUGCUUUCCCCGCAAUCUGGACUAUUGACACUUACGGACGUCGGACUCUGUUGCUGUUCACGUUCCCGCAAAUGACAUGGACGCUUCUUGGUGCUGCAUUCUGUUUCUGGGUUCCAGAUGGAAAGGCCCAUUUGGCGUCUAUUGCCUUCUUCGUUUUCUUGUUUGCUGCUUUCUACUCGCCUGGUGAAGGACCUGUGCCUUUUACUUAUUCGGCUGAGGUCUUUCCCCUCUCUCAUCGAGAGGUCGGCAUGUCCUGGGCUGUGGCUACCUGCCUAGGAUGGGCAGCUGUGCUAUCUAUCACCUUCCCUCCCAUGCUUCACACGAUGACAGCUACCGGUGCCUUUGGCUUCUAUGCUGGUUUGAAUGUGACAGCUCUCGUCAUGAUCUUCCUCUGGGUUCCGGAGACAAAGCAGCGCACACUCGAAGAGCUCGAUUAUAUUUUUGCUGUUCCUACCCGCGUUCAUAUGAAGUACCAGGUCACUAAAGCACUCCCUUACUGGUUUAACCGCUAUAUUUUCCGCAGGAAUGUUGUAUUGGAACCUCUUUAUAAGUUUGAUACCGUUGCUAGUGGCGACGAGGGAGCGCCCAAGACCAGUAUUGUCUCUGAACAUGUGAAGGCUUAA